AUUUUCCAAGAAAAUACUCCCCAGGGGCAUUUUAGUCAAUUCCUCACCAUUUGUUUCCCCAAAUCAUCUUCUUUCUGUUCAGCUCUCCUCUUCCUUCAGUCCUUCGUCGACGCUUGCAAAAUCCAAACAAAAAAACCGGUACUCCUCGCGAGUUUGUACAUAUAUGGUAAUGGCAACAAAAUUGUCAGUUUUACCUGAUUAUCCGAAAAGUCUCAUACUUCCAUCUUCAAAGUGUUUAAGGUCGAAAUUUCUAGUUUUGGAUUGCCUUCACCGGACGGCAUUUGCAUGUAGUUGGAGACUCUACCCUGGUCUCUACCUUUGUCAUGUAGCUAUACCAUCUUCCCUCAAUGGUUCUAGGAGGAUGGACUGGUCUGUCAGGAGUAGUGCGGAUGGUGGUUCAGAACCUUCCAGGAGUGGCACCACUGGUGGGACUCGUCUCAUUAGAGCUAUACAAGCUUUUCAAAUCAAGUUAAAUGCAAGGAUUGCAGAGACGAGGAAGGGUUUUCCGAUGAAGGUGCUCUUUUUCUUGGUCGGUUUUUACUGUGCAACUGCAUUCGCCACAGUCAUAGGGCAAACAGGUGAUUGGGACAUUCUGUCUGCUGGAUUGGCUGUGGUUGUGGUGGAGGGGAUUGGGGCCCUCAUGUAUAAGGCUUCGUUGCCUCUGCUAGAGCAGCUUAAGAGCCUGAUCACCAUGUUUAAUUAUUGGAAAGCUGGUCUUUCUCUGGGUCUUUUCUUGGAUGCAUUCAAAUAUGAAAUGGAUUUUAUUAUUGGGUUAUGUAACCCAUUUCGUUUCUUGGAUGCUUUCAAGCACAGAAUAGAUAUGAUUAUUGGAUUAUGUAACCGUUUCAAUUUUGAAAUAGGUAUGUUUCCUAUAUUUUGGUAAUGCUUCUCUUCCCUUGAAAGCUGUUGACAUGUGUGUGCAUGUGUGUGUUUACUUAAA